CUGGCCUCACAGCUUCUAGGAAGCAGUGAUGACAGAGGGACUUAAUAGCAGAGAUUUUCAGAAAGGUCACAAAUGAAGACUCUGAAAGCCCUCUCUUUGCCUCUUGGAUUUGUGUAUGCUUUUGACAGCCACAGCAUCCUGUGGCAAUGUGUUCCACGAUUUCAUUAAGUACUCCUUGAAAAGCACCUGCCAUGCUUUGACUGAGCUGCCAGCCUGGUGAUUUGAAAGGGUGCUGCCAAGUGCUUGGGUAGAGAGAAAAAUCAAUCUUUUUUGUACUUGCCUUUCAGGGAACGGAAGAAGAAGGGACUCUUGAACAUCACACUGCUGGCUGAGUCCCAUUCAGAAGUCCUGCUCUGUCGGCUUCGUGAGAUUUGCUUGGCAGUUACCAGAGAGGUGACCAACCUCCGGUCCAACGUGUCCUGCUCUGCAGUUGUCACUCUGGGAGAGCUCUUUGCGAUCUUGGGGAAGGACAUGGACUCCGAGGUGGAUCAGAUUGCUACAGUCCUUCUCCACAUGUUGCGGAACUCCCCAGAGUUUAUUCAGAAGGCAGCCUGUCAGAGCCUGGGCAUGAUGGUAGAGAACGUGAUUCCUACACGAGCAAUGACUGCUCUCAUGGACAAUGGAGUCAAGAGCUGCUACGUCCCGGCACGGAAGUGUACGGCCGAACUCCUCCUGUCCUUGAUGGAGAAAAUGGGAGUCACGAAGCUGGCAGGCACACCCAGGGCUGAGAGGCUGGCACAGGUGGCAGGGACACUCGCUCAGGACAGUCACAAGGACACGAGGCAUUAUGGACAGGAGAUGGUGAAGAUGUUGCUUAGUAAUCAAAAAUUUAAAAAGCUUUUGGAACAAUCUCUUUCCACGCAUGACCUGGAAGAUAUCCUGAAGAGAAUUAAGAAGAAAGAAUACUGCCCUGCUGUCAAGCCCUGUGGAGCUGGAAGAAGCUUGGGGAUGGAAAACCAGAAGGCUGAACGCCCACCUGUGCAGGAGCCGGUGAAGAAGAGGAAUGAAGGCUCCAAGGAGCCCCAGGCCACAUCACCUCCUAGCAAACGGGCAAAGUCUGCCACUGGUGGACGCCGCCUACACCGUGCAAGAGCCCAGGUCACAUUACCUGCAUCUGUGGAAGAAAGGGAGCUGCUCCAGAAGCUUUACCAUCUCCUGGAAGCCAAGGCGUUCCAGACACGGAUGGAAGGAGUGGCACUCCUCCUAGACCUGUCCAAAACCAGACCCCAACUGAUCUCCACUAACAUUGUCCAAAUUUUUGAUUAUUUUGGCCUGAGAAUCUGUGACACACAUAAGAAAGUGAAGCAGAAGGCGCUGGAGGCGCUGGCAGAAAUCAUAGGACUCCUGCAGGAUGCCAUGAACCCAUUGAUGAUCCGUUUGGUUGAAGGCAUAACAAAGAACCUAAACUCAAAGGAUCCUGGGGUUCAUGCCGCAGCUAUGACGCCUCUGGACCAAUCUGUUGUGCAUUUAGAUGAAGUAUCACUGAUGAAAGAGCUCUGCCACCAAUGGAGACGACUGAGUGGCCAAGCUCUGCUGGAUGUCACGGAACGUAUCACAGUGCUUGUGGAAUGGGCUCAUGCCAGGAGCCCUGAAGCGGUCGAGCGCUACGCCCUGCCCGUGCUCUGGUCCUGCCUGGAGAACAAGGCGCUGCCUGUGCGAAGCGCCAACGUCUGCGCUGUGGUCACCAAGCUGGCCUGUGCCCUCUGCGAGGCACUGGGCAGCCAGAUCAUUAAGUUUGCUGACAGCACACCUCCACACGUGCAGGAAAACCUCAACAGCCUUCUGGGCUGGUGAAGGUUUGAUGUUCUCCAGAAAGCGGACAAAUUUCUGAGCUGGACACCACCGGACGUGACUUUUCAGCUGUGCCAGAAAUGACAAAAUACUAAGGAAGGGUGUGCACCUGCCCCCGCUCUGUUAUCAGCAUUGCCCUUCCUAGUCAUGACAUGGGGGGCCUGAAGCAACAGCAGACAGAUGACGAGGUAAAGAUGAAGUAUGGAUCAGCCUCAAGUGAAUCCAGACAGAGGAAAAGGUGAAGACUAAGCAUGGAUCAGCCUGAAGCAACUGCAGACUGAGGACAAGGUGAAGACCAAGCAUGGAUCUGCCUCACACAGAGAUACGACUGGCUACAGUCUUUCCAAGAAGUUUUCUCUGGACAUUUCUGAUACUCCCUUACCAAGAAAGUCCUUGCCUCCAGUCCAGAAAUGCUCUUUCCUCCAAGAUCAGGAAGAAGCUGCCAACUGUCCAAAAGAAUGUUUCAAGAAUAGGAUUUAGGCUUUAGGAUUAUCAAGAAUAGGAUUCAUUAAGAAUAGGAUUCAUCAAGAAAAGUAUUCAUCAACAAUAGGAUUCAUCAAGAAUAGGAUUCAUCAACUAUAGGAUUCAUCAACAAUAGGAUUUAGGAAUUUGGAAUAGGUUUAGGCUUCAUAGUUGCAGAUGUAUCUAUGUUCUGAUAGUUUUGAAUAAAUGUGUUUGAUUGUAUAUUUAAAUUUUGAUGACAUAUUUUAAUUGUAUAUAUUUUAUUUUGAUGAUUUAAAAAAACUUUAAUGAAUCAAUUAAAUUUAAAUAAACCAAAAGAAGAAUGUGACACCAGGAUCUCCUGGAGAUUAUGGGAGUGCAGUGUCUCACCACAUCCUUUCUUCACUGGGCCUCUCUUCUUCCUCUUUUGCCAUGUUUUCUUUGUGUCACUUGUGCUGCUGUUUUUAACUUGUCAUGACAACAGGGCCACACAUUGACAUGUUUGGGGGACAAUGGAUCCAAAAGAUCCUGUAUGGUCAAAAGUUUUCUACCUAGAUGAGUUCUGUGCUCACCAAAGGCCUGAGCAAAGAAACAAAGAGAAGUGUGCCC